AUGUCUGUUUAUCUCCUGGCCUUUCUGCUGGCUGGCUGGCUCGCGGCUCGACUUGGGUUGCUGGCGGGAGGGAAGAACCUGAAGUUGGAGAAGUUUGAAGUUGAAGUCGAAGAAGAAGAAAAGAAGAAAAGAAGACAGUUUUUGACAGGUCACGUGGAGGCAAGAGGCAAAGAUGAUGAAGUUAACAGGAUAUAUAUAUGUAGAGAGAGAGAGACAGUGUACUUUGCAUCUACAGCAAUGAUUAUUACUUUGAAUGAUUACUUCUACUAUAUCUAUGCUUUGUCUCUUUGUCUCAGGUUGAACAUCUUCCUGUCAUUGAUUAUUGCUUAUAGCUAUCUUGUACCUGGUGGUCUACUGUCUCUUAUCAGCCCUUUAGUUGACAUUUCUCAUGCAUAG